AUGCGUUCCCUCCGCGCAAACCGUCGACUUCCCUUGAAGCCGCUCCCUCGGCUUCUCUCUACCACUGCCGCUACCCACGCUGCCUCUCCCUCCUCUGCUGCUCCUAAGCAGACCCCCAUAAGCUCUGUCCUCAUCGCCAAUCGCGGUGAGAUUGCGAUCCGGAUCAAUCGCACAGCCGAGCGUCUCGGCAUCCGCGCCACAACCGUCUACACAGAUGUUGACGCCGGCAGCUGGCAUGCCUCGUCCGGCUUCCAAUCGCUGGCCCUCGGCCCCGCAAACGCCUACCUCGAUGGCGAGAAGAUCAUAGCCCUGGCUAAGCAGAAUGGCAUCCAGGCGCUACACCCCGGCUACGGCUUCCUGUCCGAGAACUUCAAGUUUGCCGAGCGCUGCGAGGAGGAGGGUAUUGUCUUUGUUGGCCCGCCCGCCACAGCCAUGGCCGACAUGGGCCACAAGGCGAGGAGCAAGGAGAUCAUGACGGCUGCCAAUGUUCCCUGUGUUCCGGGGUAUCACGGCACCGAGCAAGGGGAGCAAGAGUUGCUGGCGCAUGCAAAGAACGUCACCUUCCCCGUUCUCCUCAAGAGUGUGAGAGGUGGCGGCGGCAAGGGUAUGCGUAUCGUCUUAACUGAGGACGAGUUUCUGAUGCAGCUCAAGAGUGCCAGAGCUGAGGCGAAGGCUUCCUUUGGCGAAGGCGGAGAAGUCAUGCUCGUGGAGAAGUACAUCAUCCGUCCCAGACACGUCGAGGUACAGGUCUUUGCCGAUAAGUGGGGAAAUACUGUCGCCUUGGGCGAGCGAGACUGCAGUAUCCAACGAAGACACCAGAAGAUCUUGGAGGAGUCACCAGCUCCUGAUCUGGAUGAAGCUACUCGGCAAGACCUCUGGGACAAGGCCAGGAAAGCUGCUUCAGCUGUUGGCUACGUCGGCGCCGGCACUGUAGAGUUCAUUCUCGACAAGGAUACCAACAAGUUUUACUUUAUGGAGAUGAACACUCGACUGCAAGUUGAGCAUCCCGUCACGGAGAUGGUCACCGGCCUGGAUCUUGUCGAGUGGCAGUUCCGAGUCGCUGCUGGUGAGAAGUUGCCUCUGACACAAGAGGAGGUCGAAAUACAGAUGAACCAGAGGGGAGCCGCUGUCGAGGCGCGAAUCUACGCCGAGAACCCCGAAAAGGGCUUUCUCCCAGACUCGGGCAAGCUUGUUCACGCAUACCUGCCUCCUGACCUUAUUAGCGAGGAUGUCCGUCUAGACUGGGGCUUCCGGUCAGGGGCCACCAUCUCUGAGGCAUACGACGGCAUGAUCGCCAAGCUCAUCGUGCGAGGCGAGACCCGAGAACGGGCCAUUGCCAAGAUGGAGAGCGUUUUACGAAAAUACGAGAUUGUGGGUGUCAGCACCAACGUGGAGUUCCUCAAGCGCCUCUGCCAGAGCGAUGCCUUCAUCGCUGGUGAUGUAGAAACCGGCUUCAUUGACAAGUGGAGAGAUGAGUUAUUCAAGCCCAGGCAUAUCCGAAACGAGGUUUUUGCCCAGGCCGCGCUCGGGAUGGUCAGCUUUGAGAUCCAAAACUCGCCGCCUCACGGUCAGACAUUGGGCUUCGGCGAGGCCAAUGCCAUCGGUGAGCGAAAGCUCGCCUUCAAGGUGCUGGAUGGCUAUAGCGAGAAAGAUGGUGAGAUUGUAGAGGCCAGCGUCACGCAGACAGGACACAAUCUGUACACCGUUGUGGUGUCUCGCAAGGGCGAUGAGAUCCCAGAAGUCUUCAAUAACAUCGCUUGUCAGCCAGAGGCUGCUGGCGAAGUCAUGAAGCUGGAGUCCUACUUCCCACUGGAGCGGAUCGAGUCCUCUGUUGUACCACAGCCCACAGACAAUGACACAAAAAUCACCAUCUUUCAGCAUGGUAUCAAGACGGAUCUCGCUCUUCUACCACCCACGUGGUACGAGAAGGCGCUAGGAUUGAAGGAGAUAUCCGCCUCCGUCGCGGCGCCGAUGCCGUGCAAGAUCCUCAGGAACGAGGUGGUGGAGGGACAAACCGUGCAAAAGGGAGCACCUCUUGUUGUUAUUGAGUCGAUGAAAAUGGAGACGGUCAUCCGAUCGCCGCAGGACGGCGUAAUCAAGAAGCUAGCACACAAAGAAGGAGACAUUUGCAAAGCCGGAACCAUUCUCGUUUUGUUUGAAGAGGGCGAGGCCCAAGAGGAGUCAUAG